AGAGGAAGAUUUGUCAUCAUUUUGUAAUUAUUCAAUUUUCUGGAUAUUUUAUAAUUUAUUUGUUCCACAUCUAAACUGUUUUACUGUUACAUUCCGAAUUCAUAAAAUGGCAAAUCCAAAAUAUGCUGACUUGCCUGGAAUAGCCCACGAUGAGCCUGAUGUCUACGAAACAUCUGAUCUUCCCGAAUCAGAGCAAUCAGUCGAUGCCUUUGAGGAGGAAAAUGAUCCCAUUGAAAGAAUUCAUAUUUCAGCCGACGACGCCUUUAAUAAAUUUAAAGGAAAAUAUCUAGGAUCAGAAAAUGUUGACUUUUCUUCAAAAGUAAGCAGAAAACAUAGAGCAGGCUAUGAUGCUAGAAGUGGUAAUUGGGAGCUAGUGGGAUCUGGUGAAGAUGAAACCUUAAUACAAAAGUACAAUAGGUUACAGUGUGAACUGAAAGAGGUUCUGGAAGAAGUUAAUAAUCUCAAAAACAACCCUAAAGAAAACCAAGAGAAUUGUCUGGUGUCUAGUCAAAAAGUGGAGCAAUCUUUAAAACAACUAGCUGACUUGAAGUUAGAAGAAACUUUGGGUGAAGGGAUCAUUCAGAAAAUAUCUGAUCCACAAGGCACACAAAUUCAGAAACUUUUAUCCCAGUUAGAAAAAUUCAAGGCAACUAUUAAUGAAAAACCAGAAUCGGAAUUGAAAGGUGAUGGUUCUGGCAUAGUUUACCAGUUCAACUAUAGACCAGAACAAGCUAAAUUGGCACAGUCAACAAGACUAGCAGACUUAGAGGCCAGACUUCACAGAGUGGAAAAUGUUGUAGGAUCACCUAGUGAUAAGUUAUCUAGAUUGACAGCUGGAAACUCUAAAGGUAGUUUAUAUGAAUGGGCUGAACACUUAAGUGCUACAGCAAGUCUUUUAGACUCCGCUCAAUUGGAUCACAUUGAAGGCAGACUAGGAGCUCUGGCACAAAAGCUGGAGAGUAUUGCAGAAAAAAAGAAAGAAGUACAGCCAGACGAAGAAAAAGACAGGAUGAUUUUGGAACUCUAUGAUUUGGUCAAAAAUACAGAAGGUAUUACACAGUUGCUUCCACAGACUAUAGAACGACUUAAAUCUUUGGAGCAGUUACAUAAUAAAGCUGCCGAUUUUGCUAAGACCUUGACCCAAAUAGAAGUAACACAGGCAGAAAUGAUGAGCAAUGUGCAGAACAACAAGAUGCUUUUGCAGGGCGUUCAAGAAAGUUUUGCGGUGAAUCUGAAUGAAAUCAAUGCUACGGUAGUUAGCUUAGAUGCUAGAAUUAAGGCUCUUAAAAAUAAAUAAUUUUUUAAAUUACUAAUUAAAUUAAUUAAAG